GGACGUUGAUGGAUAUAGUCUUAAACCGCAUCGCAUCGUCUUCUAGGGUUUCCUCCUCCCGCCGCCACUUGCCGCCCCACGAGCCCAUUCCCCUCAGCCCUUCACCAUCUCCGGCGGCCGCAGUGGCAUCAGCAGCUCCGGCUCACGCGCAGUGAAGGAACGACAAUAUGGCGACCAUCGUAAACACGACGGAGGAGGAGCCGAUGCUGGCCGUGGUCCGCUUCACCGCUGAGCUCGCCUGGGCCGACGCGGGCCCGGAGGUCGCCGACCCCGAGGUCACCCGCCUAUGUCUCGAGGCGCAGGAGCAUAUCCUCGCGGGGCGGUGGCUCGACAUGGCCUCCCUUAUGCUCGCCUCCGCCGACCUCCUCCUCACCUCCCCGUCGCGCGUCUCGGACAAAGACCUGGAGUGCGUUCUCUCCGUCAUCUGCAGCCUCGUCACCAAGGCCGGAUCCGAGGACCAGGCGCUGCAGAUCACCGAACUCAUCUGCGCUAAGCUCACCCAGCAACACGGUGACAAGCCAGCGCUGCGCCUCAAAGUUCUUUUCAGCUUGUACAAUCUGCUCCCGAGCCCGUACGGCAAGGCAUUUGUUUACAAGAAGGCUCUUGAGCUCGCCACGGCUGGAAAGGCUGCUGAGUACAUCAUCCCAUCUUUCAAGAACAUUGACAGUUUUGUCAGUGAGUGGGGAAUUGACAAUUUGGAGAAGAGGGAGCUAUACCUUGCUAUCACCACCAUCCUCAAAGACCACAAGGGCAUGGCUAAGGAGUACUUUAACUUUCUCAAUAAGUACCUUGCCACAUUCAAAGGGUCAGAUGAUGAAUCAGCUACAAUUGGUGAUGCGAAGGAAGAGGCUGUUGCGGCAAUCAUCGAGUUUGUUAAAUCGCCUAAUCUCUUUCAGUGUGAUUUGCUCAACAUGCCAGCUGUUUCACAGCUUGAGAAGGACGAAAAGUAUCAGUUGGUGUAUGAACUACUAAAGAUAUUCCUUACUAAGAAGCUUGAUUCCUACUUGGAGUUUCAAAGUGCAAACUCUGACUUGCUGAAAGAUUAUGGUCUCGUCCAUGACGAAUGUGUAACCAAAAUGCGCCUCAUGUCUUUGCUUGAUCUGAGCAGCCGAUGCUCUGGUGAAAUCCCUUAUUCUGCAAUCACUGUUGAACUCAGGAUCAAUGAUGACGAGGUGGAGCAAUGGAUUGUGAAGGCAAUUGCAUCCAAGAUAUUGGAUUGCAAGGUUGACCAGCUUAACCAGACUGUCAUUGUCAGUCGGCACACAGAGAGGAUCUUUGGGAUGGAACAUUGGCAUGCUCUGCGCACAAAGCUCGGAGCUUGGAGGGGAAACAUUGCCAGAGCUAUCAACACAAUACAAGCUAACAAAGUCACCGAAGAGGGGGCACAAGGGAUGCAAGGCUUGGCGAUCCACUGAUUCAGGGCAGAUCAGCGGGUUCGUGAAUUGAGAUUAUAGCGUGGGAGAUUAGAAGGGCAACCUUUUUUUGUAUAAGACAAGCUGUAAUGGUUUAUUUACUUAGAUCCCGUAACCAUGCCUGGUUAUUCCUUGUAUUUGGUCAGACACGCCGCGCAUUACACAUCCCAAGUUUUUACCCUCGACGUGGUCUGUCCUGAUAAAUUUCCUUCCCUGAUAUUUUUUUGCCCUUUCCAAGCUUUGAUCAGUCAUGUGUGUU